UUGUUUUUUACCACAACAGUCUGCUCUCACAUACAGUCCUUUCCCUCGUUCUAUUUGCUCUUCCGUUUGUCCUGAAGGUGAGGCUCGGUCAUGUCCUUCGACCUCGGCUCUAGAGGACUGGCCGCACGACGUCGAGAGGAGCCCAGAAACGAGGGGGAGACCAGCUUUGAGCAGAGCAUCAAAGCAAACAUCCAAGAGAUUCAGGACUUGCUUCACCGAGCCAAUGAGCAACUUGAGCAGUCGCAGAGGAGCUACCUCUCAAAGCGAAACACGGAGAGCUUGGAGGGCUUCCUAGAACGAAGUCAACAGCUUUCGCAGGAGACGGAGCGGCUCUUCCGGGAUUGGACGGUGCACCUGGCCGGUGAACCGGGCGAGAGGCAUCGAAAGAAGUUCUCCUAUGAGAAGCUUCAGAGGGCCUUUGAACAGGAAGUCUCCCAUGUGAAGGAUGUGGCUCGGAAGACCGUGGCUGCAAAGGAGGCUCAGGCCGUGAGCAGCCGUCAGCUCCGACCGAAAGAAUUCCGUCCUGUCUGUGAUGAGCAGAGUGAAAGCUUGCUGUGUCCAGAAACAGAUGUUGAGCACGGUCUGCAUGAGGAAGUGCAAUGUCAGGAUGCGGUGAUUCGGAGCAGGAUCGCGCAAGAACGGGAAGAGGGCAUCAGGCGAAUUCAGAGCCAGGUUCAUGAGGUGAACCAAAUUUUCCGAGAUUUAGCCUCCAUCGUCCACGAGCAGGGGAAUGACAUCGAAAGUAUCGAGCACACCGCUGACACGGCUGCUCGAGAAACCAAGCAGGCUGCAUCCGAGUUGCGGAAAGCGGCAGAUCGACAACGAGGGUCACGUGAGCGGCUGUGCUGCAUGCUCACAGCAGCAGUUGUACUGCUUUUCCUGAUCGUGCUGCCCCACAUGCACAUGUCGGAGUUCCGCCGAUUUGAGCACGCGCCCAGCAGCAUGAGCAAGGAGGACCCUGCGAAGCGAAUCUGAGUCUCACUGGUGCCCCGUGGAUGCGUUGAUGCAAUGGCUGGGCUCCCUAAAUCAGCACAAAAUCGAGACUGGUCG